AUGUGGGUCCUAGUGGGCAACUUCGUCAGCAAAGACGAGGUGACGACCCACUGGCUCCGACCCGGGCGAGAGUAUACCGUUGGCCGCCGAAAGACGUCAGGAGAGCAGAGCACCGACUUUGCAUUCGGCUCCUCAAUUGUAUCGCGCAAGCAUCUGACCAUCAAGGUUUAUCCCGUCAGCGACGACAUCGUCCGGCCUGCGGGCACAGAUUUGACAAGCAAGACCACCUACAGAGUCACAGUGAGAACAGAGAGCAAGUCACUAUCGCUUCUACAUGCACUGCCUGGCUACACAGGCGACUUACGAUCGCGGGAAUCGCAAGCCAGGUCGAACGCGGUCGCGCAAGACGAGCUCGACUAUAUCAGACCAGCUGCAACGCCGUCUGAAUGCUUCCUUGGCGAGAGAGCGGGCGAGAGAGAAGCGCACGUCUUAGAAGCACAUGGCGAUAAAACAAAUACAGAGACAGAGGUCUUGCCCGGUGACGAGAUCAUGGUCACGAAAGAUCGCUCGCUUGUGCUCAGAUUCGAGUGGCGACCUUUGGUCACGUAUUGCCAAGGCAAAGUCAGUGCCGAGCUGAUACAAAGAGCAAAGACGCUGGGCAUGUCUUGCAUCACCGGAAGCUUAGCAGAAGCCCAAAAUAUCUCAUACUACCUUGCACGCAAAGCUACCGUCGCCCUGACGCCCAAGCUGUUUCUUGCCCUCGCGCGAGCAAUACCACUUGUUACAGACGGCUUCUUCGCUGCUCUUGACCCCUUGACCCAAUGUCCGCCUAUACCAGAUGCGAUCGAAGUGGAGCUCCGUGCAUCUGGCGUGCCAGAUGUCAAUGCGGAAGCUCAGAUAGAGCGCAAGCGAGAAGCGUGGCAGACCCAUUCAGCUGGAUCCGACAUCAAUUUCUGGAAGUCAUCUCCCCUCGAGAUCAGCUUUGAAGAGCCCAGAGACUAUCUCGGCGUGGACUCACCUUGGCCAGAUCCCGUCAAAUUUGGCAUUAAAUUGGCCCGAACAGAAUGGAUGGCCGCCUCGCCAAGGGGCAUGUUUGUCCAGCCUGCUCGGCCGAGGCUGUUCAAGCAGAUGAUCUUUGUCGGUCACGACAAUCAGAUUCAACGAGCAGCUACCGAGGAAUAUCCGGGCGUCAUCAGCGCAGCAGGUGGCACUUCUAUCGAAGUUUCGGGCGAUGGCAGAUCGCUCCAAGAGUGUCGAAAAAAGCUCCAGGACUUGGUGAACGAGAACGUCGGCAAGCACGUCAUGUUCUUCAAAAGCUUCAUAGACCCAGACUCGACUUGGCUCGAAGCAGCUACCGCACAUCCCAAAAUCUACUUGCUUGAACAUAUGGACGUGCUCAGUAUGAUCUUCAAGGCUACAGUAAACCUUGACGACUUCAAAAGGAAGGCGCCGCACAGUCCUGUGGAGUCUAUGCAGCAACGGGCACCAUCGAUCGCGCCCUCUGACAUACAAUCUUUGGCGAGCGGUCCGAUGCCUACAGGUCCCACAGAGUUCCCGCCAACAGUGCCCGGACAGCAGAGCGGAAAGCCCAAACGACCCGUUCGACCUCCGUCGAGCGUCAACGCGCCCAAGUUCGACACCUUUGCAGCUUUCGACGACUCGAUGGAUCGAGUGCCCGAAGGAUCUCUGCCAGAACUGGCACAGGAACAGACAAAUGGCACAGUAGCUUCGUCUUCUGCUCUGCCUUCACGUAGAGCGAUUGUCAGGAAACGUCUGGCCACGCAGUCGAACAAUCCGUCAAGAUUACCCGGAUUUGAUGAUUCUGACAGCGACAAAGAACCAGCUGCGGUCAGCGAAGUCCCUAUUUUUACCACCGACGAGGGCGACCGUCCCGCAAAGCGCGCUCGCACAGGGACACCUGUAGUUGAGCCUAUUGCCGAGAAUCCGGCAGCAAGGGGUCGGAAGCGGUCUGCUAAGGAAGAUGCCGAUGAAGUGAUGACCCUCGAUGAUGAGGCAGGCCGGCCCACGAAGCAGAGCAAGGCGCCCAAAAGGGGCAAGAUACUACCGGUGCAAGAAGAGCCUGACACCGACGAUGAUCGCUAUCUACAGAUCAAGACCAAAGCGCGCGGCAAGGACAAGGAUAACGACGCGCGACUCAAUGCAGAGUUCAACGCGCUAAAGCUCGUCAAGCCUAUCAUGCACAAGCCAAUUGUCGACAAAGGCGAACGGCUCAGGUUCGACGGACCUGAAGAGCGCGCGUUUGAGCUAUCAAAAGAAGAUGCGAAUAAACCAUCAACUCAGUGCAAGUUCCUCAAGGUCUACUUUGAAGUACAGCCUCGGCCAGCCAAAGUCCAGCCGGUCCUUGGCAGUACCGGCUUGCCCAAUUAUAAAGGUUUCGUACCAAAGAACCAGUCUAUGCCGCAACGUAGACAGCGCCCAGAGGUUGUCUUUCAUGUCUCACAGCCAGAUGAUUUCGGCCUUGGCGAGCAAUACCUACAAGGCAGGCCAAAGACACGCAAGAAAAAGGUCAUUGUCGGUCAAUCGCAAUUGCCGGAAGAGUCCGACGUGUCGCUGGAAGAUGAAGAUGAAGUCCCCAAGCUGUCUAUUCGUACCCGUGGUGUUCGCAAUGUACCUAUCAUCGAGAACGUACAUACAACGAGCGACGAAGAAUUAGAAGACGACGAUGCAUUUACAUUGCAAAGUCAAAAGGGUGCUGCACCUCGUACCUCAGCGGGCCGCCGCGCAGCAAAAUCGACUAUAUCGCCGACUAAGCGCAACGAGAUCAUCGUAGACAGUUCAUCAGAUUCAGAUGAUCUGACGUUCAAGGGCUUCAAGAGUACCUCAGUCUUGUCGAACAAGCCCACGCGGGCACGCCGAAAGUAAGUUUCCGAAUCUUGAUGCAAGUAUGUAC